GGGCCACUCGGCGUCGCUUCGGGCGCAUCUUUGAAUCGCAAGCAUGGCGGCCUCGUUUGGGCUCUAUUUCGGCAAUACCAACCUUUGCCUGGCGAUUCACAAGGAUGGCAACACGGACGCUGUCACCAAUGACUCUGGUGAUCGAGUCACCCCUGCAGUUAUUGCAUUCUCAAAUGGAGAGAAGUCAGUGGGACUGGCCGCCAAAAGCGAGAUGGUUCGCAACCCAGGUGGCACCAUCUGCAACCUUAAAGGCCUGCUAGCUGCCACCUCACCCGAAGAGGUGGAACGGAUUGCAAGCGACAGCCUGUGCAAGAUAGUGGCGGAGGGAGACGAGGUGCACUAUGAGGUGUCCUCCGCAGACGACGAUCGUAGGACUCGGCAUUCACGCAACGAUGUCCUGCUCUACCUCUUUCGCAAGAUGCAUGAGGUCGCUGAAAGCCAAGGCAGCGACGAGUACCCUGCUGUAGUGACAGUGCCACCAGAGUUUGGCGAGGAGCAGAGGCAACUGGUCGCGUGUGCUGCCACCAAGGCAGGCUUCCAGGUGUUGCGGGUAGUGAACGAGCCUACCGCAGCAGCCUUGGCCUAUCACAUGGGCACGGCCCCAUCGCCAGAUGUCUGCCGUUACCUGUUGUACCGCCUGGGUGGUCGUACGGCGAGUGCGAGCGUGGUUGCAGUGUGCAACGGUGCCUACCGCAUCGUGGCCCAUGCCUCCGCGCAACCUGCUCUGGGAGGCCGAGACUUCACCGCUGCGGUCGUCGACCACUGUGCCCAGGAAUUCAAGCGCCAGAGCCGCGGGGCCGACCUGCGUGAGAGCCGGCGAGCACUGGCACGGCUGUGGAAUGCCGCCGAGACGGCCAAACACGUGCUGGCGACGCUGGAGACAGCCCAGUGCUUUGCCGAGUCCGUCUACGAGGGAAUGGAUAUCAACCUCAACAUCAGCAGGGCCCGGUUCGAGUCCCUGCUGGGCUCCUUACUGAACCGAUGUGCAGAGCUCAUCGACGAGGUCCUGCGACAGGCCGGCCUUGACGCUUCCGACAUCCACAAGGUGGUGCUCUGUGGCGGCUCGACAAAGGUGCGCCGGCUGCGCAGCCUCCUGGCGUCACGCUUUCCCACGUCACAGCUCCUGGACACCCACAGCCCCGACGAAGUGAUCGCCCUGGGUGCAGCUAUGCAGGCAGCUCUCCUGUCCUCUCGGGGCGAGUUAGUCCGGGACGUUCCCCAUCACGUGCAAGUUCCAGCCCUUGCCCGCAGUGUCUGCGUCAAGACUGGUGCAGAAGGGUCAAUGACCGAGGUGCUAGGACGAGGAACGCCAGUACCUGCACGGUGGCAGCAAGCGGUGUCUCGGGCGGAAGGCGAGAGCAGUGUCAUGCUUGAGGUGUAUGAAGGCGGUGGCGACGGCCAAGAUGCCACUCUUCUAGCUCGGGUCUGCAUGGAUGGAUUGGAGGAGGAGUCUAAACUUGUUGCUAGCGUGAGCAUCCGCAGCGAUGGGUCAGUCCACAUUUCAUGCACGGACAAGCACAAUGGCCGCACUGAGUCUGUCACGCUGGAUCCAACAACCACGACUGCCACAGCAGAUGCUUCCGGAAGCUGACGAUGCGGCUUUUUUAACUUAGGUUUCUUGCUUAAGCAGCCCUGCUCGGCUGUGAUAGUCACUGAACGUGUUUUUCGCCGGCCUCCCUGCCUGUGAAUAUUUUUUUCCUCACCAGUCAGCGGCACGGGUGUCGGUGCCCUUUGUGAUGCGGGAAACUUGACGACAGAAGCAACGGCGCGCGCCCUGGGAGAAGUGUUUUUUGUAAGUUAGUCUCCAAGUCGUGAUGUGUUUUGUAAGGUAUGCAGUGUGAGAGUACUCAUGCUGCUUGUUGGCUGGCAGUUGUGUUUGUUUUGUUUGUUCGAUUUUUUUUUUUCUGUGUAAAUACAGUUAUGCGUUAGGCAGGGCUCUGUGAAAAGCAGAAUAUGCUGCCAUGCGCCAAAAGCUUUUAAAGGCACGAGCAUUUAGGACCAGAGCAUAUAAUUUACAAAAUUACGUUGUGUGGUCCAAGGCCACUAGCCUUUUUUGUUCUAAGCUUCAGACUGGUGAGAGGUGAAAGACCAGGUUAUGCUGAUGAUGACUACUGCUAGCAUUGAAAGCGUUGCAGAAGAUCCUCCCCAGUUUGUUGCUCUCGCUCAUGGGCUCGGUCCGAGUCUCGCAUAUCGUCUCAAGCACACAUUAAACAAUGUGACGCAAAUUCAAGUUUCUUGUUACCUUGCGCUGUUUACGCACAGAACAAGGCUCAACUCUUGUCUUAUGUCAUUUUAUAAAAAUUUGUUUUGAACCAA